UACAAUGCAUUAUGGAUAACAGGCCGGUGACGUAAAUCUUUGUGUAUGUCCUUAUAUAGCGAUCGACUCGACCUGUGUAAUGGUUCUUGGCAAUGCGAGUCGGUUCCGCAUUGAUUAGUGUUUCGGACAAGACAGGUCUGAUUCCAUUUGCAAAAGAGUUAGUUGCCCUUGGAUUGAGGCUUGCUGCAUCAGGUGGCACUGCAAAGGCAAUAAAGGAUGCUGGGAUACCAGUUAGUUGUGUAUCAGAGAUCACUGGAGCAGCAGAGAUGCUGGGAGGACGUGUCAAAACCCUCCACCCUGCUGUUCACGGAGGAAUUCUGGCGCGUACGACAGAAUCGGAUCAGGCAGAUAUGAAGAAGGCUGGGUUUACAAUGAUACGUCUGGUAGCGUGCAACUUAUACCCAUUUGUAAAGACCGUGGCAGACCCAAAUGUACAACCUGAAAAUGCUGUGGAACAAAUUGAUAUAGGGGGAGUAACUCUACUGCGUGCGGCUGCCAAGAACCAUGCCCGUGUAACAGUAGUGUGUGAUCCCGCAGACUAUGGCCGGAUUUUAGAAGAAAUGAAGAAAACUUCCAGCAUUGAUACCACAGAGGCUACCAGACAGCGAUUAGCUGUUAAGGCAUUUAACCACACAGCAGAAUAUGACGCUGCCAUCUCUGACUAUUUCCGUCGUCAGUACAGUGCUGGCGUAUCACAGCUGUCCCUUCGUUAUGGAAUGAACCCACACCAGAAACCCGCUCAAAUAUCCACCACUUUGCCAAACCUCCCUAUUAAAGUACUAAAUGGAUCACCUGGAUUCAUCAACUUAUUAGAUGCCCUCAACGGUUGGCAGCUUGUGCGGGAAAUCAGUCGAGCAUGCAACAAACCGGCUGCAACUUCCUUCAAGCAUGUCAGCCCUGCAG